CACACUCCUCUCUCUCUCUCUCUCUCUCUCUCUCUGUGUUCCGUACACUCCCAAACCUCGAAAUUCCCCAAUUCCCGAAACCCUAGCCGCCGGAGAUGCCUACGCGGGCGAAGCGGACCAGGAUUUGCAGCUCGCCGAGCUCCGGGGAGGCCGGCGUGAUCCGCCAGCUCCCGCCGAAGGUGCCGGAGCAGUCCAAUUGCCGGUUCGCGGCUUUCGGAAAUGUUGUCAGUUCUGUGAAGCCAUCGCCGGAGGAGGCGCGUAGAGAUCAUGCUCGGCCGGCGAUUCUGACGUUGUCGUCGCCGGAGAUUGUUUUUGUGGAGCCCGCGGCGGCGCAGGUUGAUCAGUUCCUCGACGAAUGCUACUUUUGCCAGAAGAGGAUCCCUCAAAACGCUGAUGUGUUCAUGUACGGACUUUUUGGUGCAUUCUGUUCGGAAGUGUGCCGAUUCCAGCAAAUUUACAAGGACAAGGUAGCGGAGCAAGCACUUGUUAAAUCAACUAGAACCGCCAUCAACGGCACGAAGAGCAAUGUGAAUGGCUCAUGAGUAGGUAAAAAGACCAAAUUGGUGGCGCAUGGCUAUCAUAUUUUUGAGAUUGGCCUGUGCUUUUGGUUGUUACAGUUGUAAGUAUUUUGCAUUUAAAUUGCCUCAUUUGGGUUAUCAGUAGGUUAUAUAUAGUAGUAACUAGCUCCAUUUAGGAUCAGAAAUAAGAAGUUGGUUAAUUUUCUUUUGAAGUACGGAAUGUAUUGCCAUAUUUUUGUUUCGGCAUUGAAAUGGAGUUAGCAGAGUUGUGGUCAAGAUUUCCUCAGAUACAAGUUAUAUAAAUGAUAAGAAUCGUAAACAUGUGCAAAACUUAGCCUGCCUUCUUUCAUUGAGUUUGUUUCUUAUCUGC